CCCGCGUCAUGACGGUCAUAACCAAACCAGCUGCACAUCCGAUGACACUGAAGCUCUCACCCGCAGCACUCACGAACCGAAGAAUGUCGUUAGAAUGCACAGCAGUUGUUUUUACUCGACCCAUCAGUCCGCCCAAAUUCCACUGGCGGCACCACCCUACUCCACUUAGUGUUCGGUUAGAACCACGACGGCGGACAUGCUCUUCCUGCACGUUUGCGCAGUAUUUCAGCUCAGGGCGCAAAUAUAUGUCGCGCACUAUAUAUUGAAACACGACAGUGGGACUUCUUGAGCCUGGCUUCUCUCUACCUCUCGAACCCUCUCAGUGAUACCAGCAGAAAGCUCUUGCAAUGCGCUUCGUCUCACUCGUGUUGGCAGCAUUUGUGGCCGCGAGCGGUGCCCAGACCAUUGGCCCUGGACCAUACAGCGCAGACGCCAUUCUAGCCUUGUUCGGUGUCUCCGUCAGUAAGAGACAGACAACGAUCCCAUCGCAGUGUACGCCCGUUUGUGAUCCCAUAUCGAACAAUACUAACACGUCGGGCUGUCCGACAUCCGUAUGCUGUACAUCGACUUUCAUUAAAUCGUAUCAUACCUGCCUCGGAUGCGUAAGCAAGGUCAUCGACGGCUCCAAUUCCACUAGCGCCACGGAAGCCGCAGUUGAACAGCUGUUAUCGUCUUGUGUUCAAGCGGGCGCUUUGCCUCAUCCCACCGGGACGUCUCAAGGUCACACUAAGCACAGUUCAUACACUGAAGCACUAUCAUCUCAUACGACGCUUUACCCAUCCACAACUGAGGCCUCUGCGACUGGGUCUGGAGUAGUCACAGUACCGCCUGUAGCUAGUGUCACCGGCUCGUCCGAAACCGGUGCUACGUCAACGGGUGCAACAUCCUCGACGAACAGUGCAAUCAGAACCACCCUGGGCCACGCUUACAGCGGCAUUUCCCUGGUGCUCAUAUGGGCUAUUCUCCAAAUGAUAUGAUCGGUGAUGAUCACGAACCAGCAUGAAAUUUGAAUGGGUGUAAAUAUUGUUUGUAACGUCGCCGAAACGUCUUGGACUAGGACUUUUGUUCCGUAUUGCAUUGUAGUACGCUAGAGACCGUUAUAUGGUAAGAGAUCAGGAACCGCAGGCCGAAUCAAUGAUAAACUGCUAUA